AUGAAGUUCACCAUCCUAGCAACACUAUGCGGGCUUCUAAGCCUCGUCGCCGCAAGACCUAGUCAGCCAGGAUACCACAACACCGCUGUCAGUCCUCGAGCUGAUAAGAUUCGGAUAAUGCCUUUUGGGGCGAGUAUCGUGGAAAACACUUGCUGGCGCGCAUAUCUCUGGAAAAAGCUUCAGGAUGCCAAAGUCACAAACAUCGACUUCGUAGGCGGUCAAUCUGGCCCAGCAUCCUGCACGCUAAACGGCGCAUCUGUGUCGUUCGACCCUAACAACGAAGGCCAUGGAGGUGCACGUGCGGUUGAGUACGUACAAGGUGGGAACUUGACACGCUGGCUGGACGCUGCGAAACCGGUCGAUAUCAUCAUGAUACAUCUAGGCACGAACGACGUGAUAACCAAGACCUCCAUUCCGGACAUCAUAAAAGCCUACGACACGCUCCUCUCCCAGAUGAAAGCCUCCAACCCCGCCAUGAAAGUCAUUGUUAGCUUGCUGAUUCCCAUCGACCCCAAGCUCUUCGGCCAGGGUGCUACCGACGGCAUCAUAUCUCUCAAUGCCGCGUUACGCGAUUGGAUUUCUAAGAACAAGCUACUCCAAGUCGAUAAUUAUACUGGGUUUGACUAUGUCACAAUGACGACCGAGGGCGAACAUCCGAAUGAGAAAGGGAGUGUGUUUAUGGCUGAUCACUUCUAUCCUGUGGUGAAGAAGGCGAUUGAAGGGGGUUCGUAG